UGACUGCUGCCUCUGGAAAGAGGAGGAGGUGACUGCUGCCUCUGGUGGAUGCUUGUAUUUUUUUCUUCUCUUUGUCAUGGUCAGCAGUGUUGUCACUGGUCAUGCUAACAUCUUGGUAGGGGGUUGUGAAGAGUGGAGCCACCAACUGCUACUCUCCCCAGCUGGAGGAGCUUCUGACUGGGCUACAGAGCUUGGUAAGAGUCCGUUAUCAUAAAUACUACCAGGACUUGCAUGGGACAACAGACACUGGACGGAAGCAGCAUAAAUGUGACCAAUAACUCUUUAUUGUUGAGAACAUGUCAUGAUCAGUUUGUCUUUGGAAGUCGACUACUACGCUCCACAUUCGAAAUCUGUGAUGUAAACCAUCUCAUCCUUCACUCCCCUGUUUCAAGCUACUGUGCAGGACAGAAAAGGCCGUUUCAUGAAUCAAUAUUCGCUAGUUGAAGCCAUGACAGACAACUUGAGAAUUGUGUAAUUCUCUGAAAGAAGGAGCCUCUCAUCUAGUAGAGCCGACUCGUUGAGGAGCCACAGAGGAAACUUCACAGUUCCGAAGCUGCUCCCAGAAUCCAACAUGGUGUUUGGAGUUCUAGGUGUGUUCUUGGGUCUACUCCUUGAGGUUUCUACACACGGACCCCACAGCAUUCCCCGGACCUCUUGGAAACACGAAGAGCUCAAGUUGGUGGAGUUUUCUGAACCCGGCAUCUUCAACUAUUCCACUCUGCUGUUGAGUGAGGAUAAGGAUGUGCUGUACGUGGGAGCGAGGGAGGCCAUCUUUGAACUCCGCAUGACCAAUGUGUCAAUCAAGAACAACAAGGUUCAAUGGAAGGUCCCUGAAAACCACAUGACGAUGUGCAUCGUAAAAGGAAAAUCUAAAGAGACAGACUGUCUAAACUACAUCCGGGUGUUACAAGUGUUGGAUGACAAGCGACUGUAUGUCUGUGGGACACAUGCCUUUCAGCCUGUCUGUCACUACCUGUCCCUAAAGGAUUUUAGUCUGGAGGGUCCAGCGGAGGACGGGAGAGGGAAGUGUUCCUUUGACCCAUCUCAGAGCUUCACAACGGUCAUGGUUGAUGGAGAACUUUACUCUGGAACAUCGUAUAACUUCUUAGGAAGUGAGCCGAUCAUCUCCAGAUAUUCUCUUUCACAGAGUCUGUUGCGGACAGAGUAUUCAACAUCUUGGCUGAACGAACCCAGUUUUGUUUUUGCUGAUGUCAUCAGAGAGGGGAAGAACAGUGCAGAUGGCGAGGACGAUAAGAUCUACUACUUCUUCACUGAGGUGUCUGUGGAGUACGAGUUCUUUGGCAAGCUGCUCAUCCCCAGGAUAGCACGCGUCUGUAAGGGUGAUCUGGGGGGCCAGCGGACGCUACAGAAGAAAUGGACCAGUUUCCUGAAGGCGAAGCUGGUGUGUUCCAUGCCAGAGCUUAACUUUGUGUUCAACGUGGUUAAUGACGUGUUCAUACUGAAGACUGCUGACUGGAGAGAGACUGUCAUCUACGGCGUGUUCACAUCCCAGUGGGGAAACGUAGGCCUGUCUGCAGUGUGUGCCUACGACAUGUUGUCAGUAGAAAAUGUGUUCUCCAAGGGGAAGUACAUGCAGAAAGCCACAGUGGAACAGUCUCACACCAAGUGGGUGAGGUACAACGGGAUUACCCCCAGCCCUCGCCCAGGAGCUUGCAUCAACAACCACCACCGUCUCCAGAACAUCAGCAGCUCUCUCCACCUGCCUGACAAGACCCUGCAGUUUGUUAAGGACCAUCCCUUACUGGAAGACCCCGUCCUUCCCAUCGGCAACGGGCCCAAACUCAUCACCAAGGACGUCAGCUACACUCAGAUCGUUGUGGAGAGGGUACAGGCGCUGGACAACAACGUAUAUGAUGUCAUAUUCACUGGGACCGAUAAAGGAAUCCUGCACAAAUCGGUGGUGUAUGAUGGGCUGGUCCAUACAGUGGAAGAGAUUCAGCUUCUCCCCAAAUCUGAGCCUAUCAAGACCUUGCUUCUGUCAUCACAAGGGACGAGGUCCCUGUACGCUGGCUCUGACUCGGGCGUGGUGCAGUCUCCUACUGCGUUCUGUGACAAGUACCCAUCCUGUUCAGACUGUAUCUUGACCCGGGACCCUUACUGUGCCUGGGACCCAGACUCUUCCACCUGUGUCAACAUCUUCCACACCCAGGGCCUCACACACCGGAACUUGAUCCAGAGCCUUAACGGUGAUGCAGACAAGUGUCCCUCAGCGCCAGGACUCUCCGUGGAGAACUACCAGCGUGUGACAGUUAAACCAGGGAGCUCAGCUGAGCUGCCAUGCCUGGUUCAGUCUAACCUGGCCGUGGUGAUCUGGAAGCAGAACAGCAGCACAAUGACCGAGGCCUCCAAGUUCCACCUGAUGGGUGAGACGGGCCUGCUCAUUUACAGCGUGGCCCCAGAGGACCACGGCCUUUACGAGUGCUGGUCACUGGAGUGGGCCCCUGUUGCAGGGAAGAACUUCAGCCGCCUCCUGGCUGGGUAUGUCCUAGACCUGGAUGGCCCCAGGAGGCCUUCACCGCGAGGCCACCCCCCUCAGACCGCCAGCACCCUCAGCUCCGCUCACCCCCACCACCAGUCCACCGCUGCCACUGAAGGUAAUAACGGUAACACCGUGAGACCCCUCCCACUAACUUCAGCCCCUCCCAACUCCACUGCCCUCACCUCACCACCACCCACUCACAGCGCUUCGUCAUCACUAACCAAGCCCCCCAGCAGCAGCACCGCCAGGCUCCAGCCCAAGCUCCUUCCCCCCAGCUCCAGCGCCGUCCCGCUCCCAGAGACCCGGGACCCUGCGACAGAGUACCUCCAACACGACAACAGCAGUACUUUCCUCUUCCUCUUCCUCCUGUUCUUCCUCCUCUUCCUGGCUGCCCUGGUCUACAACUGUUACAUGCAAUACCUACCAGGGCCGUGUCUUCGUCUUCGUGCGGCUCUGCUGGGAAGCCAGAAGAAGCCCCAGCCUGAGUAUUUAGCCUGCGAGGCCGGCCUCAUGGAGCCUGUCACAGUAGACAAGCUGGACGUAAAGGAUCAGAUCCGUCUGACUCAGAACGGGGUACAGCUCCGAGCCCUGAGAGACACCGGCUACGAGACCGAGCCAGAGUGUAGCAACGGCAAGAUCCCCUCUCGCAGCUACGGGGGAGAAGACAGUCCUUCUAAAGAGAAGCCCUUUGACGUGGACUGUGACUCACAGCCUAUUGAAUAUGCAGACGCAGAUCAAGAAGCAUCACCGUACUAAAAGUUGCACAUCUCAGCUUCACUUUUUACUAGUGCAAGAAUAUUAAGGCUUGUUAUUUAUAGGGGUCUUCUCCCUUGCUGGCUCUCUCCACAUAGUGGGCCUAUACAUACAAACCUGUGUGUUAUACAUAAGCUCAGUGGCCACCUCUCUUUCAGAAGGACAGACGGAGGCAGAUUACUUCAGUUAUUACGAGGUCAAGUCACAAACAUCCCGCUUGCCGUCAGAGAUUCUCUUACUCACUCUGGCUACCCCAAAAUCAAUCAAAUGUAGGACCUACUAACUAAAUAUUAAAAUCCUAGCCUAAUCUCUGUGCAAACCUGUAACCAUCUCGCUCUACAUUUUUCCAGCAAGAAACGCUGAUUUUUAUUCCAAAUUGGAAACAUUGUUUACCAAAUUGGUAAGUUAACUUGUUUUCCAAAUUGGAGCCUUUUUAGUUAUUUUUUUGUACAAUGCGGGGAGCUUCUUCUUUUAACGUUGUUAAAACAUAACAUGGGAACUUCUUCUUCUAAGGCUGUUAAAACAUAACUUGUUUGUUGUAUUUUUCUGAAUAUUCAGUGAAUAAGGCUAUUUGACGUAGUAGGUCAGCUGCUUUCCAUCUCAACUUAUAGUACCAUCUUCUCUAGAACCUCUAGACCAUCUUCUCUAGAACCUCUAGACCAUCUUCUCUAGAACCUAUAGGAUGAUCUCCUCUAGAACCUAUAGACCAUCUUCUCUAGAACCUAUAGACCAUCUUCUCUAGAACCUCUAGGACGAUCUCCUCUAGAACCUCUAGGACGAUCUCCUCUAGAACCUCUAGGACGAUCUCCUCUAGAACCUCUAGGACGAUCUCCUCUAGAACCUCUAGCAUGAUCUCUAGAACCUAUAGGACGAUCUCCUCUAGAACCUAUAGGACAUCUCCUCUAGAACCUAUAGACCAUCUUCUCUAGAACCUAUAGGACGAUCUCCUCUAGAACCUAUAGAACGAUCUCCUCUAGAACCUAUAGAACGAUCUCCUCUAGAACCUAUAGACCAUCUUCUCUAGAACCUAUAGACGAUCUCCUCUAGAACCUAUAGACCAUCUUCUCUAGAACCUAUAGACCAUCUUCUCUAGAACCUAUAGACCAUCUCCUCUAGGACCUAUAGGACCAUCUCCUCUAGGACCUAUAGGACAUCUCCUCUAGAACCUAUAGACCAUCUUCUCUAGAACAUAUAGGACGGUCUCCUCUAGAACCUAUAGACGGUCUCCUCUAGAACCUAUAGGAGGAUCUCCUCUAGAACCUCUAGGAGGAUCUCCUCUAGAACCUCUAGGAGGAUCUCCUCUAGAACCUCUAGGAGGAUCUCCUCUAGAACCUCUAGGAGGAUCUCCUCUAGAACCUCUAGGAGGAUCUCCUCUAGAACCUCUAGGAGGAUCUCCUCUAGAACCUCUAGGAGGAUCUGUAAAUUCUCAGGGACGGUUUGUUAGUUCGCUCUAUGCCUUGUUCUCUGGUGGUGGUUAGAAAAAGGUAUGUCGAUAAACAGACAACCACUGGUUGCCAGUGACUGACUGACGGAAAAGGUGUGGUACGACUGAUAUGAGAUCUAUAGAUAUUUAUACAGUGGGUGGGUCUAAUCCUGGACGCUGAUUGAUUAAAACCGCAUUCCAACCGGUGUCGAUUCCACAAGUUACCACCGGCUAAUGCUAUAACGUUGAAAUGCCUAUUUACUCUGUUCCAUCUGACUGCACAAUCCACUUUUUCAUCAGCCCAGCCACUAUAAAAAGCAUCUCGACAUUAUCAACCAUUUCUUUAAGACUAGCAAUUGGUUUUCAGUAGUCGGUCUCUCUCUGACAUUUGCAACACUGUUUCAGUAUUGAAAUUGGAUCUCCAGCUGUCCCAUGGUAAUGAAUGUGUCGGGAUGAGACAGGCAGGCAGCUUUUCUCAGCCAGUCAAAAUCAUGAAUCAGCGUCAUUUUUAUGGAUGUAUACAAAGAAAUGUAAAUAGAAAACAGGUAGAACUAAACCAAGUGCAGCUAGUUUGCAGUCUUUCCAGCUUCAGUUUGAAGUGAUUGUGGUAGCUGUGUUGUUGACUCGCUCCUCUGAACAACAGUGUCCUGACGAGAGAGCACAUGUUCUAUGCCUGGCGAAAUCGUGCCUCACUAGCUCAUUGUUAUGGAUGUAUCCGGAUGUAUCCAAAUAAAUGUCACUAGAAAACAGCUUAAGCAAAUGCAGCUAGUUUGUUGUUAUUCUGGCUGCUCUUUUUGACGUGACUGUAAGUUAGCGAGCCAGCCAGCUAGCUAGCAAGGGAUAAAACCGUUGCCAGCCAGUAUGCCAAUAGAACCAAUAGAACAAACGACCAGCCGGCUUGGAUAGCAACCCUAGAUUUGUGUCGGGACUAUAUUUUGUGGAAGGAUGAAAUGGUAUGAAUAAAUUCAUCAAAAUAAUGUUUUUAAUUAAACUAUGUAAAUCAUUAUUUGAAUGUGUUGGUAAUCCGUAGUAUAAAAGUGACAAUGCCCUCAAGCCAGUGUUUGGAGGUUAUAUUGGCAAGGUUUUCUACUUCGUCUCGGGCCAAACAACACCCAUGCCAAUAUAUCCUCCGAACACCGGCUUGAGGGCAUUAUCACUUCAAUCUAGUCUCAUUCCUUACAUGUUUGACAAGGACAAGUUUAAAGACCGAGGAGGGCCCUGGGUCAGAUUAAGCCUAUGAGGCAUCAUCAUCCAUUUUAUGAAAGGAGGACUUGGUUUUGGUAAUCAUCAGAUAUUUUAUGAAAAGAGGAUGUGGUUUUGGUAAUCAUCAGAUGUUUUAUGAAAAGAGGAUGUGGUUUUGGUAAUCAUCAGAUGUUUUAUGAAAAGAGGACUUGGUUUUGGUAAUCAUCAGAUGUUUUAUGAAAAGAGGAUGUGGUUUUGGUAAUCAUCCCGUUUUAUGAAAGGAGGAUGUGGUUUUGGUAAUCAUCAGAUGUUUUAUGAAAAGAGGAUGUGGUUUUGGUAAUCAUCAGAUGUUUUAUGAAAGGAGGACGUGGUUUUGGUAAUCAUCCCGUUUUAUGAAAAGAGGACGUGGUUUUGGUAAUCAUCAGAUGUUUUAUGAAAGGAGGAUGUGGUUUUGGUAAUCAUCAGAUGUU